AUGGCAAAUGAUUUGAGCCAGGCCCUCGACGGCAUGAAACUCGAAGAUGGCAGGCCAGAUGUUCAGUUACGCACAUCAGCAAUACAAUAUCUCCUCAAUAGCUCAACCUUGACAUUCGGAGAAAUGCGAUUACUCAAAGCCCAUUUUGAUCGAAUGAAAUUUUAUUAUGAUGGCAUUGCUCAAUUACCAGCCGAGAUUCUUGUGCUUGUCAUGGAGUAUCUCGAUCUCGAGGACUUUAUGUUUAUGCGUUGCGUGUCGAAGUACUGGAGAGCGAAAUUGUCCAGCGAACAGCUUUGCACGUCACUACUCAAGAUCCACUUUCGUAAAACUUGGGAGAUCAAAUUCAAGUCAUCGCAAGAUAAUAACAGGCAGCUAAAGGUUGAUGAUUUCCUUGGCAUGUGUACCGGACGACUUAAGAGAGACCGUGGCAUGUAUGAUCAAAUAAUGCACUACGAUUAUUUAUCAGACCCAAACAACGACAGGUUCUAUUCAAAAUGGUGCCACGAAAGCUGUUAUAGAAGGAGGUUUCAAUACAAAAACGGAAGAAUAGCAAUGAGAGAGGAUCCUAGCACCAUUCAAGUCAAUGAUCUCCGUACACAUGUUUCAAGACGCUAUUUGCAUGAGUCUCGAUAUAGCUUCGAACAUUGGUUACUUUCAGAUCAAAUUCUCGUAGCCUAUUUUGAUAGUCCAAAACCACGAUUCAACGUAUGGCAGCUUGAUGAAGAAAAUGACCCAAAGGUAAUUCAUCUGGACUGUCGUUAUGAGAUAUUGGGCGCCCAUAACAAAGAGAUUGCUUUCGGUGAUAAGAGUCUUUCGGAUCACCCUGUUUACGUCUGGAAUGAUGGCCACGUCAAAAAGCUUCCCCUUCCGGAAUUCGGCGAUUUAUACCCUAAUUAUGAUAUUAAGUUCUGCGAAAUCUACUUCCAUCCCACUCAAGAGAAUCACCAUUUCUUAUUCUAUCACGCGUCUUGUUCACCCUUGGAUGGAACUUCACGCGAAACCGGGAGAGAUUUAAUUAUUGUUCAAGAAUACAUCGCAGGAGUACCACAAGGACAGUGGAAUGAAGUGCUUGGAUCAUGCUUCGUGAAAACCAUGCUCAAGUUUCAAAUCAUUAGCAACGACGGUGUUGUUGCAAUUCUUUCACGAAUAAUUCGCUCGCCAGAAAAGAGAGCUUCCAUUCAUCGAACACCUUGUAACCAUGAUAUAUCAUCAGCUACAAAUGCUGGCGCUUACUUCCUCAUGACCUUCAACCUCAUAACUCAAAAGUUUGGAGCCAUCUCAACUCACCUCGAGCCGUUUCUGGAACCCGUCCCUACUCCUCUAAACCCGUUGUUUUGGCGUGGUCGGGCUACUGUUCCAUACGAUAGUAGAAACGCCGGUACGUACGCCGAGCGUUUGGAGCCCGACACAGAAAAGAUGCCAUAUUCUCUAGUCUCCUCAAGUAUCUGCGAUGCGACGAAGAAGAAUCCGCAAUGUGUGGGAAAGCACAACUUUACUCCAGCAAGCGGCUUGAGCGCACUUGCCGCCUUCUGUUUACCCAUCGACAUAGAAGCAACUACAACGUCAAAUGAAUUCAACAAGGGAGCUGUGUGGGGCGAUGAUGACUUUAUAAUCUAUAGUCAUCACAAAGGAUACAUUGUAUGGAGUUUUAACCAAAGGAACACCUUACCCAUCGGUUUGGAGGACUCCUCCCCAGUCUCCUCGACCACAGGAAAAUCGAUCCAGAAAAUAUCAAAGUGGAGUAGGAAUAACGAAGUGGCAAUUUUCGAAAGAUGA